AUGAAUCUCAAGAAUGACACUCCUGUCCAUGGAGCUGUCGUCGAUAUUGGCGGUAGCAACAUGUACGAUAAUGUUGCCGAAAGACUCGAAGAGGCCCUCAUGACCCCGUCGUCGUUGACAAACAAGCCAACACUCCCCGAUGAGCUGCUUUAUGACGACGUGGGUUUGCCCAUUUGGAACCAGAUUAUCUUCACCCCAGAAUUCUAUCAGACUCACGAUGAGAUCGCGCUCUUUGACAAGCAUGGCGCCGACGUUGCUGCACGUUGCCAAGCUGGUGUCACCAUUGUCGAUCUAGGAGCAGGCGACACACGCAAGGUCAACCACCUCCUCGCUGCCUUUGAUAAAGCCAAACUCUCCGCCAAGUACCUCGCCUUGGAUAUCUCCAGAUCAUCGCUGAACCACAACAUCAAAUAUCUUGAGGACCAGCACCCAAGCCAUCAGUCCUCAGUGACUUGCGCAGGCAUCUGGGGAACCUUUGGCGAUGGCAUGAACUAUGUUCGAGAAAUCGAGACGCCUCGUCUCUUUCUCUCUCUCGGCUCCGUACUCUGCAAUGAUCCCUGGCCUGAGGCGCUGUCCCAUCUCAAGUUCUGGGCAGACGCUCUUCGACCUGAUGAUCUCCUCCUCAUAGGAAUGGACGGGCACAUUCUUCCGGGAAACAAGGACAAAAUCUGGGAUGCCUACCACUCCUGCGAUGAACUCUACCACAAAUUCUUCCUCAACGGCUUCAAGCAUGCCAACCGGCUAGUAGGCGAGAACUGGUUUCGAGAAGAGGACUGGGAGUUCCUUGCACAGCUGGAGGAAGAGCCUACCACUCGCCAUCGAUUUUUCUUCCGAGCCAAGAAGGACGUGAAGCUCGAGAAGAUGGGCCGUACCAUCCAGAAAGGCGAGGAGUUCGACUGGUUCGACUCUCACAAGUACGGAGAAGAUAAUGUUCGCCUCAUGUGCUAUAAGGCAGGACUGAGCGUGAUCGAUGUCUGGCAAGCGCCCAACUCGGAGUUCCGUCAAUAUCUUGUACGCCGCAAAGACAGCAAAGACCAACGGGACGACGCAGACAGCGCCGUCUCGGGAGUCAGUUAA